AUGUAUAAAGUAUGGAUAAACGAUUCACUUACCAUGGAAUGGCUCCUCGGCAUUAUUCUGAGAAAACGGACGUCGGACGGGCACACGUACAUUCAUUUUGUCACUUAUGCGGGGUCGGAACUCGUACUUGGAGAGGUUGUCGCAGAUGACAUGACGCUUCUCAGUGUUUCUCAGAUUUCUGCCAUACUACGAUACCCAUUAGGAAAAAUUAUAUCUGAUCGAGAUAUUGAAAGCCAAAGUUCAACAAAGUGGUGGUUCAUUAUAAUUGUAUUGUGUGCUGGGCUGUUCCUUAUUGGAAUAGGAUGGUUUUGUCUGUUUUUAUUUUUCAAUACAUGCGGUUUCAUGUAUGGUACCGAUUAUGGGGACCACAUGACUCGAGCACAAAGAGCCAGAAUGAGAAAGCAUCUAAUUAUUGAUACAGCGCCAUCUCAGUGUGAACCAGCUGCCGAGCAACCAAACGACGCACUCCCAUCUGAUGGUUCAAUUCCUUCCGAGGCAGCUAAGAAACCGAGACUGAAUAAAAAACUGCAACGAUCGUGUCGUACUCUCUCCGAGAUUCAUACGGAAAGACGUAUCAAGAAAGAGCAGGAGAAUAUUCGAAAGGCAAUACAGGACGCGUUCCACCAGGCGGUAGCUGAGAACAAAAAAGCAGUAUUAGAAGCCGGACCACUUCCUUCAUCAUUCGGUCCACGAGCAGUUGAUACGGAAAAUACGGAUGUCGAAACCGCGCAACGUGAAGUGGCCACAAAAAGUGAGAAAAAGAGAAGACACACCAAGAUUGGACCCUUUACCGCUGUCACGACCACCACUACUACAACGAAUGAGCAAGAAGGAAAAACGUCGGAAAUUAGUGGAGUGAGCAGUGUUACGACAACAUCAACCCAAGAAAUGGACGAGUUUGAUGUCUCCAAUCUGCCAGAGACCUCUUUGAAAAUUACAAAGAAAAAGAAGGGUCAAACGGAUGAAGCGGAGAUCGGAAGUGAACCAGUAUCAGACUAUGGUAGCAGUUUAGACGAUGAGAAAUCAAAAGACGAGGAAGAGCAGUCAAACGAAGUUCACGAAGAGCAUCGAGUGAGGCCAAUGACUGCAAAAAAGCAACGGACUUCUUUGUUUGGAGGGAGCGGAAUCUCACCUCUACCAGUUCAACCCAGGGCCUGGACAGUUUAUCAAGCUGGAGAUCGUGUUGCCGAAUUUUGGAAUGAUAAAAAUUACCAUAGUCAUCCAACACCAGCAAUGCCUACUGAAGAUGGAAUGAUCCAACUGAGAACAUCAAACUCAUUUAACUUCUGA